AUGACAGAACCAUAUUCUAAGAUUGGCAUUGGCCUAACAAGCGAGCAAUUAAGUGCUUUUAAAGGGGAUACUAAUUUGAAUUUGGCAGCUACCCGCUUGACAAAACCGAGGGUUUUGAGAGCUUUGCAGCAGACCUGUUCUAUAUGCAAGCUAGGAUUCAGCUUGGGAUCAAAGACAAAACCUAAAUCGUUAACAGAUCCAAAGAAGAACGUAGACGCCUUUGUUCAUCAUACGGAAAUUUCACUGUAG